UUCCUUUCAGACUGAACUAUUAUGGGAUGUUGUAGCAUACCAAGCAGAAGGCAGUAGCCUAGUACAUUUUAAUCUGGACACAUGGGUCUUUAGAGUUACAGUACCCCACUAGGGGAAACACAAACGUGUCCGUUGUAUAGUGAACAGCAGACUCGUUGCCCGUUGGGUUUGCUUUUGAAGUACUAGGAUUUAUACAGAGGCAUGGAAUUAUAACGCACGCAGGGGCUCAGAUCGCUGGGUUUCCCUCAUGGUAAAUCGCGCACAAGGCGUGUGAAGGAAUGUCGCAUUUUCACCUCCGGUUGCCUCCAGCUCGUGCAGGGUGCAAACCCGGCAGAUGGGGAUAGCCAUGCCUAUGUAUGUGGGGUGAAUACUGAGAGGGGGUGUGGUCUACUCUAGAUCAAUAACCGUCGGUCGGUAGUCUACUGGAAAAGGCAAAACAGAGUAGUGGCAGCAGAGACGGAGAUCCCUGGUCCAUGCUGGAUUGAUUUUUGAUGCUCUAUCUAUGCUUAGCUCAGACGCACUGUAGAGCUGCAGGAGGAUAUUGGCGACAUAUUUGUUGUGGAUCGGUACUCUGAAAGACUAAGUUCUGUAAUAACUGUUUGCGUUUGGUUUCAGACAAGACGUAGCUACAGUGGAUUUUCUCUUAUGAGUUGUGAAGGAAUAACAAUGAUCCAUUUACCCGGAGACUAUUUGUCCUGGAGCUCAAUUAACAAGUGAUAUGUCUCUAAUGGACGUGGAAUUAGGGGCCACAUUAACGAAAUAUCCUCUAUAUACGAGGGAAAAGACAGCCGUAUUGCAUUUGUGAGGUUCUCCUAUUUUCAAGAUUCGGGCUACCUCCCAUAACUGGGCUUUGUGUGAGAGACUGCCGAGAGCAGUCCAUUGAAUUGCGCUACCUGCAUCUAAACACUGUCAAAGAGUUUCACGAGACAAGACCUGCCAAGAUCUGUAGGAGUGAUUCCAGAAGACUGUGUUGGAUCCUCCUCAUUAUGAACACUGAGGAGCUGAACUGCCACUAGCUCUGAUCAGACAGGAUGAAUGACAGACAGAGACAGAGAGGAGGGGUGCACACAGUGGAGGCAGAUGUCAUCUUCCACCACCCCAUCUGCUCGGACCUUCUCUCUUCCCCCUCGGAUGAGGAUGGGGGUGUCUGUUCCCUCCCAAGGAAGCAGGAGGCGAGCACUAAUGUUCCAGACCUGGGAUUCGUACUGGGCGACCAGGGACUCUGUCGACAGAGCACACCAGUUACAAAGGAGUACUUGUUGGAUGGUGGUACGGUGAUUGGGCAUCAUCAAUUUGACCGUCCACAGGGUGAUGGAUCACACAUCUCAAAUACAGAUCAGUUUCACAUUACGGAUCCUUCUCAUCAAGCACAUACAUCUCACAUACCCAAGCUUGAUGCUGGUAGAGACCAGAACUGUACUCAUGGCAGAAACGGUAUCAGUGAGGAUAUGAAUGGAGCGAGGGCCAAAGUGCCCUGCAGUGUGGGUCCCUCUCUAUGCUUCAAGGGAGAGGCCAGAGAGGAAGCGGAAGGGUCUCUGUCCCUCUGUAGAGAGAGCAUAGUGAGGAGUCAGUGUCACAUCACAAACGUCACUGACUCCCGGGAGCAGGGGACCGCUGCGCCUGACACUCAUUGUAUCACCAUGGGCAACCAGCCAACCAUACAAGAGCUGGGGUGCUUGUUCAGCCACAGCUCUCCCACAGAAUAUGACACAUUGCAUGGACAGUCAGGGCUUGAGUCGAACCAAGGACACAGGGGCAGUAGUGGCCAUGGUAGGGUCAGUAACACAACGCCUAAAGAGGAGCCAGAUUUAGUGAUUGAAGUCGGUGGCCAGAAAAUAAGUGUUCACAAGUCUGUUCUGGCAGGGAAGAGUGACUAUUUCAAGGCUCGUCAGUCAAGAGACAUCCUAAAAGUGAAAGGGCUGAACUACAAGACCCUGACCAUCCUGAUAGACUAUAUCUACACCUCUCAGAUGAAUGUGCACAAGGACAAUGUGGUAGAGGUGAUCACAGGAGCUAAGAUCUUACAGAUCCCAUGUGCCGUCCAGGCUGCUAUGGAUACCAUCUCAGAGCAGGUCACAGCAGAGAACUGUUAUGAGAUUCUAACUAUCGCCAAGAAGCAACGACUCAACGAACUGAAAGAGACGGCCUAUCGCUUCAUGAGUGACAACUUCCUCCAGAUCUUGCAGGACCCAGCGGUGUACGGGCGUCUGACGGGGUCGGAGAGGGAUCUGGUCCUGAAGAAGAGAAUGGAGGGGAAGAGGUCCCUGAUGGUCGCUGAGAUCAACGAUGUGUUUGACCGUGUCGGGAGCCGACCUCCGAGUCGGUGUAACAGUCGACCACAGAGCCCUCUGUCCGUGGCAUCCUUCGAGGAGAACCACAUGAUUUACUACUUCAACGAGGCAGCCAAUGACUGGAGACCUCUGACUCUGAUGCCGGAGGACAUUAACACUAAGGGCUGUGGGAUCUGCACCAUGUACAACUACCUGUUUGUGGCCGGUGGGAUAAAGGGAUAUGGAGAUAAGGGCAAGGUCUCAGACAAGGUGUUCUGUUACAACCCCAUCACUAACCGCUGGAGCGAGGUUCGGCCGCUCAACCAGGCGCGGUCGCAGCUCAAGCUUGUGUCUAUGGAGGGUAACUUGUACGCCAUAGGAGGGGAGUGUUUGUUCACAGUAGAAAAAUACGACCCUCGGACUGACAGAUGGACCACAGUGGCUCCCUUACCCAAAGGGGCGUUCGCUGUGGCCCAUGAAGCCACCACCUGUAACGGAGAGCUCUACGUCUCUGGAGGGUCUCUGUUCUACCGUCUCCUAAAAUAUGACCCCAAGGGGGACGAGUGGCAGGAGUGCCCCUACAACAACAGCAGGAAAAAGUCAACCGACAUGGUGGCUCUGAAAAGCUUCAUCUACAGGUUUGACGUCAACCGUGACCAGGGGGUCACUGUGUUCAAGUACGACACCAUAGUGAAAAUGUGGCAUGACUGCGCAUCGCAGCGGCAGGGCAGCCCUAUGCCGUUCAGGUGUGCCGUCAUCGGAAACUGCAUCUAUUGUGUGAACAAGACUCAGACUCUGCAGUUUGUGGUGGAGGAGGACGGCUCUUACUUUGUAGAUGAACCACUCAAGCCACCACUGGAAGCUAAGGGCCUACUGUUCCCUUUCAUCCUCAGUCUGCCUGAGAAGACUGACAGAUUGAUGUGAUGUGACCAUGGAUCACUGAUGCUACUUUACAGACGCCCAUCAAUCUAAUAUAGUGGACCUUAAAAUAAGAUGAACAUAUUUCACCUUUAUUUUCCCCUGUCCAGUGUACCUGCUCGUAAUGGAAUGUGUUUCUUUGCAUGGCGAGUUAACAGGACAAGCCUUAACAAGGACUACUUUUACAUGUUGAAUGAGAGCAACCAGAAAUGCAUCUGACUCCACAUAAUGAGAUAAUGACACACAUAGUAGUUUUUGUUUGUUGUUGCAUUUCCCUGUGUUCAGUUUUGUAUUGUGUACUUUUGCAAUUGCAGAUAGUUAGAAUAGAUAUUGUUUAGAAUAUUGUUUGCUGGCUGGUGGCUUUUAGCCAAAAAUCAAACCGCAGAGAUGGAAUAGUCUGAAUGAGGGGACAGUUGAGGGGACAAGUGACUGACACAGCUGGCACGCACAGGUCCUAUAAGCAAAUUACACAAGCGAACCCAUAAACAACACAAGGCCUGCUACGGCGGUGAUGUUUGCUCUAUGAAGGAACAGUGGGAGGGCUAUAACAUUCACACAGCCCCAAGGCCUGAUACCAGAACUGCCCUUGACAUUACUUCACAAGGCCAUUGACCAGCAGGAGCACAAUAAGCCACAUGUAUCUUCUACAAUAAUUGUAUUCUACUAUUAUAGAUCAUCAAUGAAUAAUGUUGAAGAGCACAAUGCAAUUACAUAUUAAUGCAUUACUACUGGGCACACACUGGUUGAAUCAACAUUGUUUCUAUGUAAUUUCAAUUAAAUUACAUUGAACCAACGUGAAAUAGACGUUGAAUUGACGUCUGUGCCCAGUGGGUUAGGUUCAAAACCAGUACACACCUAUUUAUUCAAAACUACUACCCAACUAUUAAUUCAGAACCAUUACCCAGCCUUCCAGGUUGUGUCAAACACAACACUCUACCCGCACAUACAAUUGAGUUGAGUUUCAACACACUAGAAACAAGGUGAAUUAUUGCAGCAUAAGAAUGGUUCUGAAUCUGUGGAUCGGGUUAGGUUCCUGAGUUUGAUUGAAACAGGCCCUAGGUGUGCACUGAUGUUUACAGAAUGCCGGAUUGAGUCCGCAUACUGUAGAUAUGAGGGAUGGUGCUCACUGCUUACUGCUCAUUCUUACGCUUCGAUUACACCGACAGCGUCAUUGCAUUGUGGUACACCAGAAUUACAUCCAUUUCCAAUGGAACCCUGCGCUUGCCUUGCAGCGCUGCGUUGCAGAGGCAGUUGCAGUGCGUUUGGUGUGAUGUAUAUGUUGGAUUUAUCGAUGUAUGCGUCAAAUUGUAUGAAUAGGCGGUUUGCGUACCAUUUUGCACAACGGCGCUGUAGGUUUGAUCGAAGCGUUAGGCCUCACAUUUGCCAAAGACAAAAUAGUCUGGUUUGAUACGACAUAUCAAACCCUUUCAGAUAUUUCACUAAAUAAAUAAAUAUUAAAUAUAUUUGGGUGAUAAUAUCCUAGAUCAAAAACAGUCUUAUGAUCUCUCUAACAUCCACACGCAACACUAGUAUUAGCAACAAUGUAUCAAUGUUGCUGUGAAAACAAGGGCACCACACUCACUGCUACUUUGGUAUUAUAUUAGGAUCCCCAUUAGCUGUUGCAAAAGCAGCAGCUACUCUUCCUGGGGUCCACACAGAACAUGACACAUAAUACAGAAUGACAUAAUACAGAACAUCAAUAGACCAGAACAGCUGAAGGACAGAACUACACAUACAUUUUUUUUUUAAAGGCACACGUAGCUACUCUGUUCUUUAACAUUCUUCAGAGAAGUGAGGAGUCAUUUCUCGUAUGCAGGCCAGGGGAAUUUGCCAUAGACCUACCGAUAAUGAAAAUGCUAUUAUGUUGUCAUCUCCCACAAGUAUUUGAUGAGCCAGCCAGAAAGACUGUGACCGUCAUACACAGUAUGUAAUUCCAGAUGCUGUUGAACUGUCUCUCAAGUACUUGACUAUUUCAGUAUAAUUUCCGAUGAUGAAGACGUUUGCCCCUAUUAGAUGAUGUAUAUCUCCUUUGGUGUGUAGCCUGUCCCUUUAUAAUGCAUUUAAUCAUCUCGUCCACACUGCAAUUAGUCGGAAGAAUAUUUUGCAUCAACUUCAGCUCAGUGUUCAUCUGUUCUGUUAAAAUAUGCCUAAUCCCUUUUACAUUUACAAUAUUGGAAAUGGGUCCAAUAGCACUUCAUCUCCUUGCGCUUUCUUAGGAAUUUGACAUAUUUGUUUGCUUUUAGCAAUAAUACACCAAUUGGGAGUUUUGUUAAUACGUUGGAUUGAUUCAGUGGAGUUUAUUUGGUGAACAAAAUGCUACUACUACUUUUGGUAACAGUAUCCUUGAGAGGCUGUUGUAACUGUGAUGACUGAGUAGAUGUGGACUUAUUUGUCUGGUAUUUUGCUGGCUGCCUUCAGUGUGUAGUGAAGCUUUUACGGACUGUUGGUUUUGGAUGAUAAAUGCUUGAAAGUACAGUGUUGGUUGAAGGCUUUCUUACUGCUAAUUAGCAUAUAAAAUAACAGCUAACAAACUAACUGUUGGAUGAUGUAUUUCAGUCAAAACUAAGUGCUGCAAAUAAAAUAUUUAGUGUUUGAAAAAAG